AUGGCCAAUGAAGAACAUUCAGAGCUUGAGAGGAUUUUGGAGUUUCUUCAGAGAGAGAUAGAUGAAAACAGAUCAUGCAACACACAGUCUCUCGUGGCUGGCGAAGUGCCAGCGCCAAGGGUCCAUGGCCUGUAUGAGGUCCCCGAUGUGCUUCUUGAACAAAACAGAGACGCCUAUACUCCAAGCUGCGUAUCUAUUGGGCCUUUUUACAGGAGAUGGUGGAGAGGAGCAGAUCUAAACGAGAUGGUGGCGGUGAAAAAGAGGUAUAUGUGUGAGCUUCUUGAGCGAAAUGGAACAUUUGGGGCAACACUAAGAGAAUGUACGGAAGCUAUGUUAAAGUUGAAUUCCCUUGUUAAGGAAUGCUAUUCCAAACUUCAUUUUUGCAGUAGGUAUGGUGACUGGGAUUAUGUAGAGUUCAUGGUGAUUGAUGGUUGCUUCAUUAUUGAACUUCUUUACAGGAAAUACGUAGAGAUGUCUGACCCAAUUUUGCAGAACCAUUUGAAGUACCAUCAGGUCAGACGUGACCUGCUAUUGCUCGAGAACCAGAUCCCCUUCGUCGUUCUUGAAGAAUUGUUCAGGCUGACAGUGGAACGAAUCCCGGAUAGUACUACUGCAGGGCGCCGCCCAGUCUCCCUCCGUAGAUGUGUUCUUUCAUUCUUUGGAGAUAUGAUGGGACUAGAAAAUAUUGGUGUUGAAAUAGAAAACCUGGAAAACAAUUCCCCUUUUCACAUACUCUAUUUUUUACACAUUUCCCACCAAUCUCCUUUACAGAAGCCACCGAUAUUUUACAGACACAUGGAAAAGCCUAGAUUCAAAUACAGUGCAACAAAACUCCAUAGUAUAGGAGUCAAGUACUUCACAUCGCAUGCUCUUGCCAUGAGUAUCCUCAUGGCCUCUGCCGAAGAUGUUAAAUUGCUGGAAGAAGCUGGAGUCAUACGCAACCAUUUGGAUUCGGAUGAAGCAGUGUUAGAACUCUUCAAGAAUAUUACCAGCAAUGAAAGCAUUGCAAGAAAUCAAGACCUUCUUUACAAGGAUAUAUGGAGAUAG